GUGCAUACUUCAAAACCUCAAGGCUGUGUGAUGAUGAGCAUUUGAAAACUAAUGGAUGAAAAUUUAGAAAAUUUCUCUAAUGCUGACUUCGAUGCUAGAUUGUUCGUCUCUUACAUCAUUGGUACUAAUAAAGUUUCAAACGUUCUAUGUACGAUAGAUAAUCGAAUAAGAGAGUUAGCUACUCUGAUUUAUCAGCAUGUAGCUGAUAACCACAUCGAUCUGUUUAAAAGAGCCUCUGGCAUUGAUAAUUUGCAAAAUGUUUUGCAGGCAGUUGAAGAUAAAAUACGAAACUUGUCAAUUUCUUUAUCAAAAGUUAAGAAGAAGAUAGAUACUCCACAUGAAACGUUAUCUACAAAUGUAACUCAUUUUAAAAAUCUACACACUACUUGUGCUGUUCUUCGUAAUAUAUCUCGAAUAGCAACACUAAUGAAACGAAUUCAAAGUAGGUCUAAAGAUUUAUGUCAAUGUGCAAUGUAUGUGAAUGAGUUAGACUUCAUUUUUAAUAAUAUGGAAUGGGAAGGAAUUCAUGUAUUGGAGUCCUAUAAUCGCGCAUUAGUUCAAGUUCGAGAGAGUAUGGUGUCACAAGCAUGGAGCCUAAUCAAUUCAUCUUAUGAGUUGUCAGAUCAAACUCAAUUAGCUACAGGGUUACAGGUUUUCUACCAUUUAAAUAUGUUAAUGGAUGUAAUUCAUGAACUGGUGACUAAAUGGAAAUCGGAGUUUGUUUCUGUACUAUCCUCCUCUGUUGACAUAGAUUCUUUAACUCAACGUAUGCGAACACGUCAAAAAAUUCAACAAGGAGGUUCUGGUCCAGGUAGAGCAUCAUUAUCAGCAGUCGGUGGUCAAGCGGCUGCUUUUCAUGUUGCUAUAUGGACUAGUUUAGAUGGAACUAUUGAUAAAAUGGAACAACUUAUUUCUUGUAGUCGUCUACUUGGUUUAACUCUAAUGAAACAACGUGAAACACAUAUUGAUGUAUGCAUGACAAGUAUAUGUCGUUUAGACCAAUAUAUUUCUGAAUUAUAUCCUAGUCUAGCUGAGUUACUUAUACACGAAAUGCUUAUCAACUGGCAAAAUAAUAAAAAUUCCGAAAAAUAUUCUUCAAUUUUGUUAAUUUUUGCCUCGGCCAAUUUCAAAGAAACUUUAACUCCUCAAGAAAAUAACAUUGAUUCAUCCUCUUCUAUCGAUAAUGCAAUAUCUCACAACCAAAUCAACGAUAAUCGCGCAGAUAUUCGUAAUGCACUGAUUUCAAAUGAAGGAUUCCUUGGUUGGGCAUCGGAUCAACUGGCCACUAAACUUUCUAUUGUUUCCAAUCAAUCACCAGUAAUUAAAGAAGUACUUGAAGGAGAAUAUCCGAAAUUAUUGAAAUUAAUAUUAGAUUUGGAACGUCGUGUAACCAGUACCCUUUCAAAUGAAUUUUCUAAUGAUAGUAAUUAUGAUCAAUAUACAUUAUCAUCUACUCAUCACCAAACUACCUUGGAACAACUACCUUCAUGUUUGGUUCGAGCACUGCACCCAUUUGAGACAGCUUAUUUAUCUCGUAGUGUAUCACGUUUAUUUGAUAGGGUAACUUUGGCUUUUUCAACAUCUACAACAGCUGGACCAGAUACAAAUGAAUUAAAUGAUAUCAUACAAACAGCUGCGAAUGAAUUAGGUUAUGUUACUGUUCAUCAUGACCUUUUACUUAAGGUUACUCGCAAUUUAGAUAAAUUGAUUGCUUUAUUUGCAACUAAAACUGAAGCUUUAAUUUACUCGGGCGGCAUUAGUGUAGUACAAUUGACAGAUUCACAAACACUUGGACAACAGAAUAAUAUACAUUUGGUCAACCUUCUCUGUCAGUUUGGAACAAAUUUACAAUUAACUGUAAAUAAACGACUGAGUAAUCUGAAUACAAUAACAGCAUCCAACAUUAAUCAUAAACGUUAUAAUAAAUCAUCUACAUGUUUGGAUGGAACCUUUCCACUGACCACCACAAUUGAAACAAUGACACCAAUUAAAAAUCCACUUCAGUUAAUUUCAGAAUCAACAAGAAAUCAUUUAAAUAAUUUGUGCAUUUCUAUUUUAAAUCCAUUUCUUCUAGCUAUUAGUAAUAAAAUAGAUGAAAUUUUAAGUUCUAUGCAUAAUGAAUAUGAUUCAUAUCAAAAUGUAUCAGUUAAUGAAUUAAAUAGUAAGUCAAAAUAUCUACAAGAUUUACAGGUUAGUUAUUUUCCUUUUUAAGAAAAUUCAUAAUAUUUUUGUAAAUAUUGAUCUUUCGAUUAUGUCCAUACAAUUCUUCAUGAUAAACAAUACUAGACGAUUAGGCGAUUUAAUGUAACGAAACAUACUAAUGACAGAAAAGGUGAAAAUUUUAGAUUUCUGUCAUAAACUGAUGUCCAGACAAAUAGUGCCGUAGUUUCUGAAACAAUCUAUGUAUUAGAUUCUAGUUAGUUUGAACAUAUACAUUUAUUGGAAUGUAAUGAAUGAGUUUUAAAUACAAAUAAGAUGUUUUGUAUUCCACUACUAUUAGCCGCUACGCAAUAGUUUCAUCAAAUUAUCAGUCACAUUGAAUCUUGUUUGGAAGCCGAAAUUACUUUGAUCAGUAAAAGACGUCUUCGUUAUCUAACCAUUUAAUGUCGUUCGAAUUCUGUCGAUCACGUUACAAUGUGGCCACCAGUCUAAGUGACCACAUCACGUGCACUAUGUUUCGAUUUUCAGGUUGUUUGAGGUAGUUUGUAGGAAACUAGAUGAUGUGGGUUCAAAUAUCAUAGAAAGUAUCAGUUCCCACAAGAUUAUAAAUACAUUUAAUUGAUGAGUUAAAACUAAUAUUUGUCGUCCUAUAUUGAAAAAUUAACUUUUUAAGGCUACGUCUCGAUUUCGUAAAUUAGCGAAAUGAAUAACAUUGUAAAAUAAAUUUAAUCUAUUUCUAUCGUGAUUAAUUAUUACUGUUCUUUUAUAUUGAUUGUCCGUCAACUUUAUUUCCAUCUACUAAAUAUUAGCUUCAAGUAGGUAGUGUCUAUAUAAAACUAAGUAAAUUUCCCUAUAUGAAGAGGUGUUUUUUUUUAUAAAAGAGUACUUGUAUGCAAAUCACGCAAAGAAACUGAAAGAUAAUUCCCGUAUAUUUAGUUAGUGCCUUGGAUUCGAACCAAUUUCUCGCUUUUCGUUCUGUUUGGGACCCACCGCCUAGAUAUACCAGUGCUGAUGUCCACACCGAGACAAACGUAGUACAUUUAUUUUCAAACACUCAACUUAUAACAAUAUUUCGCGUAAAUCCGCUGAGAGCAUAUCGUAACAAAGACUGACCAGUUGUAGUUCUGAAUAUAAACAACAGAAAAUUUCAAAACGUUGCUAAGAGCUGAAAAAUAGUUCAUAAAAUUAGUUUACUGCGAAAUAAUGCUAGUUGAAGAAUUAUUGAAAACCUAAAGAGCUCCUUAUAUAUGUUUCCUCAUAGUCUAGAACCAUUAAACACCCGUACCUACGACCGCAUAUCACAAUGCAUAAUGAAAGAUCUUGAAAUCGUUCUACCUUUAUUAAAAAAUUUUUUACCUUUUGUUUUUAAUUCAAACAAAUCAACUAGUUUGUCAUAUAUAAAAUUAGCUGUUUCGAUUAUAUUAUUUCUACGUAUGUUAUAUUUGAUUAACUUAUUGAAUAAAUAAUUACUGAGCAUAAUUGAAAUAUUUCUCAUUAAGCUGGUAUUGUUUAUCCUUGUUAUACAUAUUAUUGUAGUGCAUGUACUUAGUCUUGUUACUUGUUCACUUAAUUAACCAUACUUCACUUAGUCAUUGAUUUUUGAUUCUAUGGCAUAAAAUCUUGCAGUUGGUUUUUUCCUCCGUGAUUUUUGUACCAUAAAAUCAACUCUGUAUUACACAAUUACUAAGUUUACAUAUUUGAAGCAAUCUGGACAAACUUACUAGUAGAAGUAAACCAAUAGAAGUUUCAUUUCAUAUUCCUCAAUAAUCCUCAAAUAGAUUAAGUAUUCUUCAUUGUUAUGUAAGCUCUACUGAUUUAUCUGUUUUCAUAUUUUUUGGCAGAACUUUACUGCUAGAGUUCGUCAACAAUAUUUAUCUGAUCUAUCACAACCUCCGAAGUUUGUUAACACAAUAUCUAAUGUAUUCACACAAUCAGGAUGUUAUGUUUGUGGUGAAUUUGCAUUACAAGAUGCUUUAAAACCAAUUCUUACUAUGUGUGUCAACAGUUACCUUUGGCGAUCAACAUUAAUUCGUUCUUCAAAAGAAUCAGUACGUCUUAAACUAGCCGCUGAUUACAAAGAAUUCGAAUUAGCUUUAAUGCCAUUAUGCUCUCCAAAUUACGGAUAUACAUUAAGUAAACUAAUCCCAGAAUCGUAUGAACAAUUAAGAGAAUUUCCGUCUAUCCUAUCUAUGGAAAAUGAACAGUUAGUCCAAACUUAUGCAAAAGAGAAUUCAGUUGGUUCUUCAUCAAAUUAUGUAUUGCCGAGCAUGAUUUGUCAACAUAUGUUUAGUAGAGCACCGGAUGAAAUUCGUUAUCCCCAUAUUAUUGCAGGCUGGUCUACAAAUUACUAUGUAUCGUGGUUGGUGAAAAGAGAAAAUGAUACAGAACGUUUAAUUUUUCUACGCAACGGUCUUUCAGCAUAUGUCCAUGAGGUCCAAAUAAGACAACAACGAGAAUAUCCACCGAUUUAUUUGCAACUGAAAGGAUUUCUGGACUAUCAUAUUGGAAAAGACUAAAAGUGAAGCUUAUAUGCAUAUGUACUUUUCUUAUUGUAUCUAUUUAUAUGGGAUUUGUUUUAACUAAUUUGUUAUACAUAAUUUCAUUUUAAACACUGUGAUACAUAUUAUUUUAAUGAAAUAAAUACUUGAUUUGUUUAUUU